GUGAGAACAGAAGGCUGUCAUCAUCGUUUCCAGCUGUUUCCAAUUGCUCCAGCGUGCAGACUUUCCAGAAGUUGCAUCCAGCAGAGGAGCCCAUCCACUACUCCGGGGCUGUGUGCUCUCCCGGCCGCUCUGCUGAUCUCCCGGCCGCUCUGCUGAUCUCUCCCAUGCUGUCAUACAGCGAGGCAGGUACAGCUCUCAGCAGACAUGUGAGUUGAGCCAGUUACUCAUUUGCUGGAGUGUUUGUGUUUAUGCAAAAGUGGGCCUCUUCCUGCAUAUUUAAUCUAGAGUAAGGCAGUGGCUUUUGUUGUGUUUAGACCACAUGCCUUUAGUCCUUCCGUACACUGACGCUUGUGCGAAAGCACACACACAGCCAAGAACAGUAACUUUCCUUCCCUUUGGUGGAUUUAAAGUCGCCGCUUUGUGCACUCUUUUCACACUGCCGUGCAUUGGCAGGCAAACCCCAGCCGCUGACUCUUCUCAUGAAUGGGGUAAAGAGAGUGACCUUUUUUGGGUGGUUGUGACUGAAGUUUGCUUUGCAGAAGCAGCUACUUGUAUAAGGGCUUUGAGUCAUGAUGCAAGAAUCUGGGACGGAGACAAAAAGUAACGACUCAGCCGCGCAGAACGGCGGAAGCGCCGGUAACCACUUAUUGGAGUGCACGUUACGCGAGACGCGCUCUAACGGCGAGACGCCUUCUCUGGAAAUAGGUGCCGCAGACCUCGCACAUCUUCAGCAACACCAGUUUGAGCUCUGCUGUUCGGGGGAUUCCAAGAGACUGAUACCAAGCCAAAUUCAGGCUUUUCAAGUUGCACGGCAGCUAUUAAUACACCAGCAGCAAGUCAGUGGAGUAAAGACCCACAAGAGGAAUGACAAGCAACUACCCCUACAGGAUACCACUGCCAAUAGAGAUGGGCUGGAUACAAAGGAGAGAGAUGAGACAGAUAAUAAGGUAAAUAUCAAACUAAUGUAACUGUUUGUGUUGCCUGUUCAAGAAUAGGAGAUAUAUAUUGAACUAGACUUGUGAAAAUAUGGCUUUAAAGUAAACCUGUGCUUUGCCCCUACAGUUAAAUGCCAGCCAUUUCUGCUGCUUAUUCUUGCAUACUCUUUGCUCCCCAGUCACUCUGCAGGAGUUAUUAGAAGAAUCCCUGUAUGGUCAUUAGGUCCCUGGUGUCCAACCUGUGGUCCAAGUGCCAUGUGUAGUCCUUUGCAUGCUAUGCUGUCCUUUUUGGACUUUAGUAGUGGGAGCAUUGAUUUGCCAAGAGGAUGUAAUGACAGUCAUCUCUAACAGUCUCACCUAAAUUCCCCAGUGUCUGAAAGUCUUCUGCAGCAUGUGUACAGUCUACAGCAAAAACCAAUCAAUUUGACCAGAAGUUAUGGAAAGCUAUAUUUGCCCCCCCUUCCCCUACAUUAUAGAGCUUGGGCCUGGCAAAUGCUUGCUCAGGCGCUCUGUGCUGAAUUAUAGAGAGAGAAAGAAAGGGAGAAUUAUAGAAAGGAGUCCUAUGAUCCCUCUUAUGCAGAUGUUGGGACAAUUUCUCUUCACUUCAGGCAUGCAAAGAAAGCAGUGGAGAAGAGAAGGUGUGUACCUGAAAACGGCGAGGGAGGAGGGGGGGCGGGUUGGCCCAAGCAAGCAUUUAAUUGAACCAGUUUCCAUACUACAACAAGUGUCAGGCCUCGUACACACGACCGAGGAA